AAAAUUUUAAUCACAAAAAAUAACACCACGCAUUUUCUCAAAAAGCUUGCGAUUUGACUUUUAUUUUCAAGGUAAAUUUUGUUUAACUUCCUUUCGAACGUCGCAGUUUUAUUUUGAAGGUACAGCAUCCCGUUUCCAGUCUGCGCGUGGUAAUUUGUGUCUGACUUGACGUACUUAUAAAUGUAAGUACGAGGGUCUCGUUAGAAGUUCCGCUGCUUCCACAUAGGACCGAGAGCCGCGCUCACCCACGCCGCAGUCAUCACCUUGAGCACGUUGCAGCAGUGAGUCUCCCUCCGAGAGACGAUGGCAGAAAGCUCGCACUGUUUCUACUGCCGGGAGGACCUCGGGGGGAAGAGGUUCGUCCGCAACGAAGGCAGACCAGUGUGUGUCCGCUGCCACACCAAGUUCUGCGCUAACACCUGCGCAGAGUGCCAUCGACCCAUCCCUGUGGAGUCAAAGGAGCUCAGCCAUAAGGGCCGGUACUGGCAUGAGGAGUGUUUCCGCUGUGCUAAGUGUUACAAGCCUCUGGCCAAGGAGCCCUUCAGCACCAAGGACGACCGCAUCAUGUGUGGGAAAUGUUGCUCCAGGGAGGACGCUCCACGCUGCCACGGCUGCUAUAAAGCCAUACUGGCUGGAACAGAGAGUGUGGAGUACAAAGGGAACUCGUGGCACGAUGAAUGUUUCACCUGUUUCAACUGUAAACGACCAAUAGGAUCGCUGAGUUUCCUCUCCAAAGGAACUGAUGUUUACUGCAGCCCCUGCUAUGACAAGAAGUUCGCCAAACAUUGCGUCUGCUGCAAAAAGGCGAUAACCUCUGGAGGGGUGAACUACCAGGACCAACCCUGGCACAGCCAUUGUUUUGUGUGCAGCUCCUGUGCGAAGCCUCUGGCAGGGACCAGCUUCACCAACCACCAGGACCAGGUGUUCUGUGUCGACUGCUACAAGAGCUCCGUGGCAAAGAAAUGCAGCGGCUGCCAGAACCCCAUCACAGGUUUUGGUAAAGGAGUGAACGUGGUAAACUAUGAGGGCGGCUCCUGGCACGAAUACUGCUUCAACUGUAAAAAAUGCUCCCUCAGUCUGUCCAACAAGCGUUUCGUAACCAAGGGGAAAGACAUCCUCUGCGCAGACUGUGGCAACAAGUAGAGCUGGAGAGCUCCGUCAUGUCUAACAGUGCUUCAUAAAGUCAUUAUUGUUUGUUUGUUUGUUUUUUAUAUGAAAGGUCCCCAUUUAAAUAUUUGGCUUAUCACUAAAGUGAGUUUCAUGGAGAUUAUCCACAAAGUGUUUGAAUAUUUGUGUCCACUGUUGAUUGUUUGCUUUGAUGCUGCAUGCUAACGCUAAAACGUACACAGUGCUGAGUGAUGGUAGGGACUGUCUUUGUUCUUAAAGUCCUACAAAAAGAACUAGUUUAUUGCUAACAGUAGAUCAUUGAUACUCUAUGAAACGUUCACAUUUCCCUACACAACCGAUUCCUUUAAUGAGAUCCAUGCUUUCAUUCAUCACAGUAUGCUAACAUGUUAGCAUAAAGCUAGAGGGUACCAUGUGUUUUUAAAAUUGUAAUUGUAUUUUUUUUUUUUGCAUAAAAAUAGCUGCUUACGUUAAUGGCUUGAUUGUCAACUUGUUUUUUUAUUUGGUGUUUUUUUAAAAAGGUUAUAUUUUCCAAUGACCAAAAAACAUGUUUUUUAAUAAUCAAAUUAUAUCUAUAUUUUUAAUUGCUAAUUCAUUAUUUGCUAUGCUUAAUGUAUGUGUUGGUUCAAUAAACUUUGAUGCACUUUUCUUAACUAUUUUCCCUUUAAGCAAGGAGGAAAUUUUAACAUGAAAUUGGACUAUAUAUUCAAACUGUAUGGCCUGAUGUGUUGCUAUGAUGGAAUAAACUGAAUCAACAAAA